AUGAUGAAGCAUCGCAACCUUCGUGCACCCCGCCACAGGUUCUGUCUCUCUGAUGAUGCAAGCCAACGGACCGUUGAGGAUUCAGAACUAAGUUCCGUAAAGGAAGGGGGCUCCUCGUUUGGUUCCGUUUUGGGUUCUGCGAUCGCUUGUCUUGGUGGCGCAGUUGGAACAGGAAAUAUCUGGCGAUUCCCACGAAUUUUGGCUACCCAGAGCUACUCAAAAGGUUCUCUAACCUUCUACAUAGUGUGGAUAAUCCUCCUGUUUCUCUGGUCGGUACCGGUGGUGCUAGUCGAGUACGCCGUGGGACGAUUCACCAAAAAUUCCCCUCUUCCGGCGUUUCAAAAGUUUGUUGGAAAACGUUUCAUUUGGUUGGGUGCGUGGCUCGUUGGAACGCUCUUCUUAAUCAGCGUCUAUUAUCCCGUAAUCGUUGGUUGGUGUUUGUACUAUAUCUACCAGUCCAUUGUGCUUAAAGAGCUUCCAGGUGAUGAACCGACCAGCGCUCAACUGUUCAAUUCAUUCGCCCAAGAAUCAUAUUGGCCAGUCUUUUGCCAGGUUUUGACGGUCCUCAUUACUGGCGUGUUUCUGUUCGGUGGCAUCCGUUUGGUAGAGAAGGCGAAUUUGGUCAUGGUCCCUCUGCUUCUCCUAAUAUUGAUCUUCACCUUCGGUUGGUCGAUGACCCGUCAAUAUGCGGAAGUGGGCAUGGCCUUUCUACUGACUCCAGCAUGGGGUGAGUGUACCGGUUGGGUUCCAGAUCGGAUCCCGGUUCUAUUCUCCAAAGUCGGCAUUAUCGGUCGAGUGCUGAGCGUGCUGUUCUUUCUCUCUCUUUAUUUCGCCGGAAUCAGCUCGCUACUCGGAGACAUACACGUCUGUAUAUUGGUUAUCAAAGAAUUCGGAGUUUCCUACCGCAUCGCCGUUGGUGUCUCCCUGUUGGCCUGUGGUCUCUGCGGCCUCCCAUCUGCUAUCUGGUUACAGGUGCUGGAGAACCAGGAUGACACUUGGGCUUAUGCCCUCAUCGUCUCCGGAUUUCUGCUAUCUCUGCUAGUCACAGUGUACGGCCCGCUGCGCUUCCGUCAUGUAGUUAUUAACGAAUUUGGUACUGACGAUUGGAAGGUGCCUAUACUCUGGGUGCCCAUCAUCACUGUUCUCGUCCCUUUAGAGGCCGGAUUCUUGAUAGGAUGGUGGAUCUACGGUGCCAUUGCGAGUGAUCCAAACUGGUACCAAAUCAACUUUACUUCUGUCCUGACCACCUUAGUCGAAUGGCUGAUCCUGUUAAUCUUCCUGGUGGCAGUCAACAUGAUUUGCGUUCGAAUCAAGGGAGAUCUUUACGUGAAGACAAGAGAAUUGGGUGCCGACCCGUAUGACCCGUCUACCUAUGAAGACCUGAAUAGAAACGAAAUGGACGCCAUUUGGUUGUCCACGGAUGAAGAUAACUCUCUGAAGGCAGUCUCAUGA